AUGGUUCACGCAGAAGAAUACAAAAAGAAGGCUCUGGACCGCAAGCUGCGAUUCCAGAACCAAAAAAAGAAGAACAAUAUUUUCAAAGCUCGCCGAGCCAACAACACCAAAAAGCGCUUCUAUCCCUAUCCCCAACAACAACAACAAAAACCCGCUGAAAAUGGUCCCGCGACGCUCAGAAAACGUGGAUUCUUCAAAAUCCUGCCGGCCGAUGAUUUAGCCAAAGUUCCGAAAUGCGAUCAUGGUCCGUGUUUGUUGUUCGAGAAAAAAGACGAGGGAAAACCGGAUGAGGUGUAUUUUGCGUGCGCAGUUUAUCGAAAUAAAGCGGAACUUUGUGAUUUUCGCAAGAAUUUUGAUAAGGAAACUAGAGAAUUCAUUGAAGAUGAAGCUGAAGCUGGAAAUUCGGCUGAAAAUGAGGAGGAUGUGAAGAAGAAAAAGAAGAAGAAGACGAUUUUUGGAUAUAAUCAGAUUCCUAAAAGGUAGUUCUCCAAUUUUCCCCAUCAAAAAUCGUCCAAUUUUUUCCAGCCUUGCCUCAUUUUCUCCCCAAGACACCGUACUCUAUUGCGAGCAUUGCAUCAAUGUUUUCGCCAAUAAACACGCUUGCGUCUGCGCCGAAAUCGAUCGUCAAAAAUUGUCAUAUCCCACACAAAUUCUACCACCUCUCGAUGAGCAAAACGGAGAAUCUGUAGGCUUUUCAGAUGUUUCUAGCUGAAAAUCCGAAAAUUCCAAUAAUUUCAGCAAUUCUUCUUCUCUCAAGAAUCGUUGGAUGUUAUUGUUAGCACAAUCGAGAAUUCGGGAGUCGACGGAGUUUUGUGCCUUGGAGCUCCGAGGGUUCGUAAAAGCCCCCAGUGUGGCUCGAUCCCCGGACCUUUCACCUCCAAAAAAAAUUUUUUUUGCAGAUUUUCGAGACGGUUCGCGCGAAAAAUCCCACGAAAAAUGUGUUUAUGUUGGACUACGAUAAACGAUUCGCCAAAUUUUAUCCAUCCAAACAAUUUGCACAGUAUUCGAUGUUGGUCGAUCAUUUUUAUGACAAAAAUUCGGAGGAGAAAAUUAUGGAGUUUUUUGAGGUCUCUGAUGGAAAAAAUGACCUAAAACCUAAAAUUAAACGUGCCGGAGCCAAAAUUACCAAUUUUUAGCAUUUUUUCAUGUGCAAAUGAGCAAAAAUUGGUGAUUUUGGCUCCCGCGCAGAGGAACCUAUGCCCAAAUUUUGAAUUUUUCCUAAAGUUCUAAAUUUGGCGUAACCUAUGACGUGGCAAUUUAAAAAUUGUCAUUUCUAAUUAAAAAUUUCGAAAUUAAACGUGCCGGAGCCAAAAUCACCAAUUUUUGAACAUUUUUCUUGAAAAAAUGAGCAAAAAUCGGUAAUUUUGGCUCCCGCGCAGGGGAAUCUAUGCCCAAAUUUUAAAAAAUUCUGAAAUUCCUCUUGCCGGACCCAAAAUUACCAAUUUUUGAGCAUUUUUCAUGAAAAAAUGAGCAAAACUGGAUGAUUUUGGCUCCCGCGCAGGGGAACCUAUGCCCAAAUUUUCAUUUUCGACUUUUCCAGAAAUCCACCAAAGUCAUUCUGGUAGUCGAUCCACCAUUCGGUGUUUUCAUGGAACCUCUCCUAAAAUCAAUCGAUAAAAUGAAGGAUCGAUUUGAGAAGACGGGAAAAGUACGGUCGAAUUUCUAUUCAAUGAUUAUUUUGCCGAUUUUUAUUCGAAAAUAUGUUUUGCAUGAUGAUUUUUGGAUGUCGGAUUAUCGCGUGAGUUUUUUUCGAAUCUUAGAUACAAAAUUUUGAAAUUUUAAGAUGAACAAUGCUUCAUUUCUCAGAAAAACCCAAAUUUCAAGCUAAAUUCAAAUUUUCAGAUUAUUUUUCUGAAAUUUUCAGAUUUGCCUUGAAAUUCGGAGCAUUUUGAGCACUAAAAUGACCAAUGUUUCACAAAAAAAAUUUCUAGAAAAAAUACGUUUCAAAAUUUUUUGAAAUGUUUAGUCGCAACCAAUAGCUGCUUUUCGAAUUGUAUCGCACGUCAAUUAACAUGAGCAAUGCUUCAUUUCUCAGAAAAACCCAAAGUUUCAAGCUGAAUUCAAAUUUUCAGAUGAAUUUUCUGAAAUUUUCAGAUUCUCCUUGAAAUUCGGAGCAUUUUGAGCACUAAAAUGACCAAUGUUUCACAGAAAAAAAUUUCUAGAAAAAAUACGUUUCAAAAUUUUUUGAAAUGUUUAGUCGCAACCAAUAGCUGCUUUUCGAAUUGUAUCGCACGUCAAUUAACAUGAUCAAUGCUUCAUUUCUCAGAAAAACCCAAAGUUUCAAGCUGAUGUCAAAUUUUCAGAUGAAUUUUCUGAAAUUUUCAGAUUCUCCUUGAAAUUCGGAGCAUUUUGAGCACUUAAAUGACCAAUGUUUCACAAAAAAAAAUUUCUAGAAAAAAUACGUUUCAAAAUUUUUUGAAAUGUUUUGUCGCAACCAAUAGCUGCUUUUCGAAUUGUAUCGCACGUCAAUUAACAUGAUCAAUGCUUCAUUUCUCAGAAAAACCCAAAGUUUCAAGCUGAAUUCAAAUUUUCAGAUGAAUUUUCUGAAAUUUUCAGAUUUGCCUUGAAAUUCGGAGCAUUUUGAGCACUAAAAUGACCAAUGUUUCACAAAAAAAAAUUUCUAGAAAAAAUACGUUUCAAAAUUUUUUGAAAUGUUUAGUCGCAACCAAUAGCUGCUUUUCGAAUUGUAUCGCACGUCAAUUAACAUGAGCAAUGCUUCAUUUCUCAGAAAAACCCAAAGUUUCAAGCUGAAUUCAAAUUUUCAGAUGAAUUUUCUGAAAUUUUCAGAUUUGCCUUGAAAUUCGGAGCAUUUUGAGCACUAAAAUGACCAAUGUUUCACAAAAAAAAAUUUCUAGAAAAAAUACGUUUCAAAAUUUUUUGAAAUGUUUAGUCGCAACCAAUAGCUGCUUUUCGAAUUGUAUCGCACGUCAAUUAACAUGAUCAAUGCUUCAUUUCUCAGAAAAACCCAAAGUUUCAAGCUGAAUUCAAAUUUUCAGAUGAAUUUUCUGAAAUUUUCAGAUUUGCCUUGAAAUUCGGAGCAUUUUGAGCACUAAAAUGACCAAUGUUUCACAAAAAAAAUUUCUAGAAAAAAUACGUUUCAAAAUUUUUUGAAAUGUUUAGUCGCAACCAAUAGCUGCUUUUCGAAUUGUAACGCACGUCAAUUAACAUGAUCAAUGCUUCAUUUCUCAGAAAAACCCAAAGUUUCAAGCUGAAUUCAAAUUUUCAGAUGAAUUUUCUGAAAUUUUCAGAUUCUCCUUGAAAUUCGGAGCAUUUUGAGCUCAAAUUUGAAAAGUUUGGAGCAUUUUGAGCCAAGAUUCAAUUUUUCAAAAGUUAGGCUUAUGAGAUAUCUUUCAAACCCAAAUUUCAGCCGGAAUUCAAAUUUUCAGAUGAAUUUUUUGAAAUUUUUAGAUUCUCCUUGAAAUUCGGAGCAUUUUGAGCACUAACAUAAGCAAUGUUUCACAAAAAAAAUAUCUGGAAAAAAUACGUUUCAAAAUUUUUUGAAAUGUUUAGUCGCAACCAAUAGCUGCUUUUCGAAUUGUAUCGCACGUCAAUUAACAUGAUCAAUGCUUCAUUUCUCAGAAAAACCCAAAGUUUCAAGCUGAUGUCAAAUUUUCAGAUGAAUUUUCUGAAAUUUUCAGAUUCUCCUUGAAAUUCGGAGCAUUUUGAGCACUAAAAUGACCAAUGUUUCACAAAAAAAAUUUCUAGAAAAAAUCCGUUUCAAAAUUUUUUGAAAUGUUUAGUCGCAACCAAUAGCUGCUUUUCGAAUUGUAUCGCACGUCAAUUAACAUGAGCAAUGUCUAAAAUAAAAGUUCUCGCUGAAAUGCUCCAGAUUUUCUCAUAAACAUGAGCAAUGCUCUAAAACCCCUGUAUUUUCAAGUUUUAACAUUAGCAACGCCUCAAAUAUCCAAUUUAUUCCAGGUCACCUACAGUAACCACAAGCUCUACAGUUAUCCCGAAAAAACGAUUGUUCGAAUAUUCACCAAUUUGCCCAAACCAUCAAUGAAUCUCAAAUUUCUGGCUCCCGACUAUAAAUAUUGUACGCCGUGCCAAAAAUGGGUGACGAAAUCGAAUGAGCAUUGUGAAAAAUGUGAAAAUUGCACGAAUAUUGUGAGUUUUAGGGGAAUUUUCGAGGGAAAUGGUGAUUUUCAGCAUUUUCAGCGCGAAAUUUUAAUCUCGAAACAUUUUCUGGAAGUCUUAUUAGAAUUUUUUGAUCCAUUUCCUGCUCUUAAUUUUCAGAAAAAUUUUUCUAGGUCAGAAUUUUGCACUGGAAAUGCUGAAACUACUGAAAUUCACUGAAAACUGACAGUUUCAGCAUUUUCAGCGCGAAAUUUUGAUCUUAUUGAAAGUUUGUGCUCCAUUAUCUCAAGCUGUCCGAAAAAUGCCGAAUUUCAGGAAAACAUUUUGAGAUCAGAAUUUUGAGCUGAAAAUGCUGGAAUUAUCAGUUUUCAGUGAAUUUCAGCAUUUUCAGCACAAAAUUUCGAAAAAUUUCCAGGAAACCGGAAAAUUCCGCCACUGUGAUCAAUGCUCAAAAUGUGUCAAACCAACCUACAUACAUUGUCACAAUUGUUCCAAAUGUCAUUUGUACAAACGAUGCGAAUUUUAA